AUGUGCAGUGUUCAAGAAGAAGAUUUAGAGAAUGUCCCAUCUCAGCUACAGGGAAAGCAAUCUAAAGAAGAAUUUGGCGGUAGAAGAACGUGCAUGAAGUGUGCUUCAAGCCUUGCAGUCGUGGUUGUUCGCCUCAACGAUCCUUUGUGCAAGUCCUGUUUUCUGGCGUAUUUUACGCACAAAUUCCGUGCGACAAUCGGAAAAGCGCGUGUGAUACGGGCAGGAGAAAGGAUUUUAUUGGCAUUUUCUGGAGGUCUGUCUUCGUCUGCAAUGUUGCAUUUAGUUUGUGAAGGUUUGAGUGGUGCGGCUCACAAAAAACUCCGAUUCGAACCAGGGAUCACUUUCAUCGAUGAAGGAGAAGUACUGAAGCAAAGUGAAGAGGAGCGUUCUAGUUAUAUCGAACAGAUUCGAGGCAUAGUUUCAAGAGCAGAGUUUCCAUUUCAUCUGGUGAAGUUGGAGGACAUUUUCUCCCGAUCUGCACAAGAUGAUGCUAGUUGUUGCAAGAAGUCUGAAACGUCAGAAAAAGGUGAAAAAUUAAAAAGCCUGUUUGACGCAAUGCCAUCAGUGACAGAAAAAGAAGACUUGCUAAAGAUACUCCGUAACCAACUGUUGCUUACAGUGGCCAGGAAAGAAGGAUAUUCAAAAGUAAUGGUUGCAGACUGUGCCUCCAGACUGUCAGUGAGACUACUAUCCAAUGUAUCUCAAGGGAGGGGUGGAGAUUUGCCUUAUGACACUGGCUUUAGUGAUGAUCGUCAUGACGAUGUCAUAUUUGUCAGACCAAUGCGAGAAUUUGUGACUAAGGAGAUAGCUCUGUAUAAUUUCUUUAACAAUGUCCAAGCUGUAGUUAUACCAACACUGUCCACUAUGAGCCAUUCACACGUCAGCAUUGAUCGUUUAACAGAAGAGUUUGUUAGUGGUCUUCAAGCUGAUCUUCCUUUUACUGUCAGCACAAUAUUUAGAACUGGUGAUAAGCUAUCUGUGAAGGAAUCCCCUGAUGAUGUCGCUUCUUGUGCUCUUUGUGGCAUUCCACUCAAUGUGGAUCCAACUCUGCUUUCCACCCUAACUGAUGGUCUGAGUGCAGUGGAGCUCAAUGUAGACAACAAAACUACUCCUAAGUCUGUGACUGAAUCUUGUGGAAGCUGUGAAAGUGGAUGUUCAAAUUCUUUAGCUGAACAGCCACUAACCAGAGACAAUAUUCAUGAAGCUUUAUGUUAUGGUUGCCGAUUAACAUUUAAAAAUGUCAAGUUUAAUCCGAGUGAUUUUCCCUCAUUUGUUAUGGAUGCUGCUAAGAAAUCUCAUCACAGAGCCCAGAUGAAAGAACAGAUCAAAGAUUUUUUGUUGCAUGAUUGA